AUGCGAUGCAGCCCUCCUUGGCAAGUCAUGGUCGUCAAAAGACCUCUGCCGGAAGCAAAGCAAAGUUCAGAUUUGAUUUUUUUUUAUCAUUUUAAAAACCAAAAAAGCAACAUCAGUGACAGUCACAGACUCACACAGACAAUUCAAUCACCAGUAGUAAAGCAAUCCCAUGGAAAAAGCAGUAAAGCGUCCCCAUAAUCAGACAAGAAACUAAAGAUUUUUCAAAUCCCUCCACCCACAUUCGUUCCUUCCUCCUUGAGAAACCAAAAGGGGAAAAAAGCAGCCUCAAAUUAUUUGCCCCACUUCUUCUCCAAAGCAUCUCCAUUUCUUGCUCAUUUGUUUAUCUUUACUUAUAUAAUACUAAGGUUACUGUAACGAUGUUUUUUCACUUUGUCCCAAGUAGGAUUAAGCUUAAGUUAUUGCGACCAAGAAGGGCAGAAGGAGGAAGAGGGGUGUGUGGGUAUGGCGAGUUCCAGUGGGACCAAGGAUGGUGUGGGCCCGCCAAGGUCGUUGUCCCAGAGGAUGUCCAAAGCGCCGACAAUGGGGGACCCCGGCGGCGACGACAGCGCCGGCGUCGACAGUGAGCUGGUGCCAUCGUCGUUGGCUUCCAUAGCUCCCAUUCUCCGCGUGGCCAAUGAGAUUGAGAAGGAGAAUCCUCGGGUUGCUUAUUUGUGUCGCUUCCAUGCAUUCGAGAAAGCUCAUCGGAUGGAUCCAACAUCAAGUGGACGGGGUGUCCGACAGUUCAAGACAUAUUUACUACACAGACUUGAAAGGGAAGAAGAAGAAACUCAUCCAAUACUUGCAAAGAAUGAUCCCAGAGAAAUCCAGAGAUUUUAUCAGCUUUUCUAUGAGAAAAAUAUCAGAGAAGGCCAAUAUAUAAAAAAGCCGGAGGAGAUGGCUAAGAUCUAUCAGAUUGCUACUGUGCUGUAUGAUGUUCUAAGAACUGUGGUGCCUCCCACUAAAGUUGAUCCUGAGACGGAAAGAUAUGCUAAAGAUGUUGAGGAGAAAAGAGAGCAGUAUGAGCAUUACAACAUAUUACCCUUGUACGCUGUUGGUGUCAAACCGGCAAUUAUGGAACUCCCUGAGAUAAAAGCAGCACUUCGAGCUAUUCGUAAUGUAGAUCAUCUCCCGAGGUUCCAAAUGCUUGAGGGAAGAGCGAGACCAGUCAAUGAUAUUCUUGAAUGGCUUGCUCUACACUUUGGUUUUCAGAAAGGAAAUGUAGCAAAUCAGCGGGAGCACUUAAUAUUGCUUCUUGCUAACAUGGAUGUGAGGCAAAAGGACCUUCAGCAUUAUGAUCAAUUGGAUGGUAAUACAGUUCAGAAGCUUUUGGAGAAAAUCUUCAAGAAUUAUGAUUCAUGGUGUAAAUACUUGCAUAUUCCAUCACAUCUGAAGUAUCCGAGGGAUGAAAGGAGGCAACAAUCACAGCUUCUUUACAUCGGACUUUAUCUCCUUAUCUGGGGUGAAGCAUCAAACAUUCGAUUUAUGCCUGAAUGCCUGUGCUAUAUUUUUCACUCUAUGGCAAAGGAGAUGCAUGGAACUUUGUUCGGGAAUGUUCAACAAGUCACUGGAGAUACCACACCAGCAAAAGGAGAGGAAUACUUUCUGAUGGAAGUGGUGACACCAAUUUACAAGGUUAUGCAAAUGGAAGUUAGAAGAAACAAAGGGGGUAAAGCAAGCCAUUCAGCAUGGAGGAACUAUGAUGAUCUUAACGAAUACUUUUGGAGUGAUAAAUGCUUGAAGUUGAAGUGGCCCAUGGAUCCAAAUGCUGAUUUUUUUGUUCAUUCAGAUUCAAAGCCAGCAAACAAAGUAAAGAGACAUCAAGAAGAUAACCAGGCUAUGGGACACAGAAAACCGAAGACAAACUUUGUCGAAGUGCGCACGUUUUGGCACCUUUAUCGGAGUUUUGACAGAAUGUGGAUAUUUUUCAUAAUGGCUCUACAGGCAAUGAUUAUCAUUGCAUGGAAUCAACGGAUUACCUCAAAUUCUUUAUUCAGCGAUGUUGUAGUUCGAGAUGUUUUAAGCAUCUUUAUCACAGCUGCGAUUUUGAAUUUUUUAAGAGCUGUCUUGGAUAUAAUCCUCAGUUUUAUUGCAUGGAAGAGCCUGAAAUUUAGUCAGAUACUUCGUUACCUCCUUAAAUUUAUUGUUGCUGCAUUCUGGCUUAUUGUAAUGCCAGUUACAUACUCCAGAUCCUUUCAAAAUCCUAGCGGGGUAAUGAGAUUCUUCCAAAAUUUGGGAGCUGAUUGGCAGUCACAGUCUUUGUAUUACUACAUGGUUUUGAUUUAUAUGCUGCCAAAUAUAUUAGCUGCUUUUAUAUUUUUGUUCCCUUUCCUUCGGAGAACCAUGGAACGGUCAAACUGGCGUAUUAUCAUCAUGAUAAUGUGGUGGGCUCAGGUAAGUAGAUGCUAUUUUUGCCUCUUAUUUGGACACACAUACAACGACUAUCUUCUAUCGACUGAAUUAUUGCAUCAUGAAUUCCAGCCGAAGCUGUAUAUUGGAAGAGGGAUGCAUGAAGACAUGUUCUCACUUUUAAAAUACACACUCUUUUGGAUUACUUUGCUGAUAAGCAAGAUGGCAUUUAGCUAUUAUGUGGAGGUACUGCCGUUGAUUGAACCAACAAAUACAAUCAUGGGUCUCUCUAUCAGUAGCUACGACUGGCAUGAACUCUUUCCUAAUGUUACUCAUAACAUCACUGUCAUUAUUGCCAUUUGGGCUCCAAUUGUCCUGGUCUAUUUCAUGGACACACAAAUAUGGUAUGCUAUCUUCUCAACUCUUAUUGGUGGAAUCUAUGGAGCAUUCAGCCACCUUGGAGAGAUAAGAACACUUGGCAUGUUACGGGCAAGAUUUGUAUCUGUUCCUUCAGCUUUCAGCAAGCGCCUUGUUCCAUAUUCAAGCAAGACCAGAAAUCAGGAGGAGGACACAUUGGAAACGAUAAACAUUGCGAAGUUCUCUCGAAUGUGGAAUGCAUUCAUAUUAUCUCUAAGAAAAGAGGAUUUCAUAAACAAUUGGGAGAAAAAUCUGCUGCUUGUGCCUUACUCACCUGGUGAUGUCAGUGUUGUCCAGUGGCCCCCAUUCUUACUUGCUAGUAAGAUUCCAAUAGCGUUGGACAUGGCGAAGGAUUUCAAGGAGGACGAUGCUGAACUAUUUAAGAAAAUCAAGAAUGAUGAUUUCAUGUAUAGUGCUGUAAUUGAAUGCUACGAAACACUGAGGGAUGUACUGAUUGGUCUUCUAUUAGAUGAGGCUGACAGGGAGAUCAUUCAGCUAAUAUGUGACGAAGUUGAAACCAGCAUACAUGAGAAUAAAUUCUUGAAGAAGUUUAGGAUGAAUGAUCUUCCUGUACUGAGUGCUAAAUUGGAUUCAUUUUUGGAAUUGCUUAGAGAGGAUUAUGACGAUGCCCAGAUAUAUAGGUCUCAAAUCAUAAACAAGCUUCAGGAUAUUGUAGAGAUUAUUGUUCAAGAUGUAAUGAUCAAUGGAUAUGAGAUUUUGGAAAGAAACCAUUUGUUCCAUCAAGAGAACAAAAAAGAGCAGCGCUUCGAAAGGGUAAACAUUGAUCUUUCACAAAGCCCAGCCUGGAUGGAAAAGGUCGUCAGACUUCAUUUGCUUAUAACUGUCAAAGAGUCAGCAAUAAACGUGCCGAUGAAUUUAGAAGCUCGACGGCGCAUUACCUUUUUUGCCAACUCUCUGUUUAUGACCAUGCCGAGUGCCCCAAAAGUCCGCAACAUGCUCUCUUUCAGUGUUUUGACUCCCUACUAUAAUGAACCUGUUCUUUAUUCAACGGAGGAGCUUAAUGAGAGAAAUGAGGAUGACAUAACAAUCCUAUUUUAUCUACAGAAAAUAUAUCCAGACGAGUGGGACAAUUAUAAAGAACGGAUCAAAGACACUAAAGUAUAUUCCAAUAAAGAUCGGUCAGAAUUAGACCGUGAAUGGGUUUCUUACAGGGGUCAGACACUGGCUCGGACAGUGAGAGGGAUGAUGUACUACCGGGAGACUUUGAAACUUCAAUGUUCUUUGGACUUUGCGAAUGAUAAUGCGCUGUAUGGUGGAUACCAGGCCAUUGACACAAAUCAUAGGGACUAUCGAAAACUCGAAGAACAAGCCGAAGCUCAAGCAGACUUGAAGUUCACCUAUGUUGUGUCUUGUCAGGUAUAUGGUGCUCAAAAGAAAUCUAGUGACCUCAAAGACCGGAGUUGUUACGUCAAUAUCCUCAAUCUCAUGUUAAGGUAUCCUUCACUACGAGUUGCUUACAUCGAUGAAAGGGAGGAGACAAUCAAUGGAAGAAACGAGAAGGUUUAUUAUUCUGUCUUGGUCAAGGGAGGUGACAAAUUGGAUGAGGAAAUAUAUCGCAUCAAGCUUCCUGGUCCUCCAGCAGCAAUCGGUGAAGGGAAACCUGAGAAUCAAAACCAUGCCAUCAUUUUUACCCGUGGAGAAGCCUUGCAAGCCAUAGACAUGAAUCAGGACAAUUAUUUCGAGGAAGCUUUUAAGAUGCGCAAUGUAUUGGAGGAAUUUUUGAAAACUCAUCAUGGUCAACGAAGACCGACAAUACUGGGACUCAGGGAGCAUAUUUUUACAGGAAGUGUUUCAUCACUCGCUUGGUUCAUGUCAAAUCAAGAAACUAGUUUUGUGACAAUUGGACAGCGAAUAUUGGCGAACCCUUUAAGGGUGAGGUUCCACUAUGGGCAUCCUGAUAUUUUUGACCGAAUCUUUCAUCUAACGAGAGGAGGCAUAAGCAAAGCAUCUAAAACCAUUAACUUGAGCGAAGACAUAUUUUCUGGUUAUAAUUCAACACUUCGAAGGGGAUAUGUAACACAUCAUGAAUAUAUCCAAGUAGGCAAGGGGCGAGAUGUUGGAAUGAAUCAAAUAUCCCUUUUUGAGGCAAAGGUCGCAAAUGGCAAUGGGGAACAGACACUCAGCCGAGAUGUUUAUCGACUUGGGCGUCGGUUUGAUUUCUAUAGGAUGCUGUCCUUCUAUUUCACUACAGUUGGCUUUUAUUUCAGUAGCAUGGUUACUGUACUUACAGUGUAUGUCUUCCUGUAUGGUCGACUAUACAUGGUCUUGAGUGGGCUGGAAAGGCGAAUUCUUGACGAACCUUUGAUUCGUCAGAGUAAAGCUCUUGAAGAGGCAUUGGCUACCCAAUCUUUUUUUCAGCUCGGCUUGUUACUUGUCCUGCCGAUGGUGAUGGAAAUUGGGCUCGAAAGAGGAUUUCGCAGCGCCAUUGGUGAUUUCAUCGUCAUGCAACUGCAGUUGGCAUCUGUGUUCUUCACAUUCCAGCUUGGAACAAAAACCCAUUAUUAUGGGCGUACACUUCUACACGGAGGUUCAAAGUACCGGUCGACAGGUCGCGGUUUUGUUGUCUUCCACGCCAAAUUUGCAGAUAAUUACAGAAUGUACUCUCGCAGCCAUUUCAUCAAAGGAUUAGAGCUUUUCAUGCUGCUGAUCGUUUACGAGGUGUAUGGACACUCGUACCGCAGCUCAUCUUUGUACUUUUUCAUCACGUUCUCUAUGUGGUUCCUUGUGGCGUCGUGGCUUUUUGCUCCUUUCGUUUUCAAUCCGUCGGGAUUCGAGUGGCAGAAGACGGUGGAUGAUUGGACGGAUUGGAAACGAUGGAUGGGAAACCGCGGAGGCAUUGGAAUUUCACCCGACAAGAGCUGGGAAUCGUGGUGGAACGUCGAACAGGAGCAUUUGAAGCACACGAAUGCAAGGGGUCGGGUCAUGGAAAUUCUUCUCUCGUGCCGUUUCUUCAUCUACCAAUAUGGGAUCGUCUAUCAUCUUCGAAUCUCCCAUGGGAGAAAAGACAUCCUGGUUUAUGGCCUUUCUUGGUUUGUCAUGGUGACGGUACUCCUUGUCUUGAAGAUGGUUUCAAUGGGAAGGCGAAAAUUUGGUACGGACUUUCAGCUUAUGUUCAGGAUACUAAAAGCACUUUUGUUUCUGGGAUUUGUGUCGGUGAUGACUGUGCUGUUUGUCGUGGGGGGGCUUGCUGUGAGCGAUCUUUUUGCUGCGAUCUUAGCGUUUAUGCCGACGGGUUGGGCGCUUAUUUUGAUUGCUCAGGCGUGCGGGCCUUGUCUGAGGGGGAUCGGAAUCUGGGACUCUGUAAUGGAGCUGUCUCGGGCGUACGAGGCAAUCAUGGGGCUCAUUGUGUUCACGCCCAUUGUCGUGCUGUCUUGGUUCCCGUUUGUGUCGGAAUUCCAGACGCGGCUGCUGUUCAACCAGGCAUUCAGCAGAGGCCUUCAGAUUUCGAUGAUCUUGGCUGGUAAGAAGGACAAGGAGUCGUCUGAUUGAUGAUCGAACAACUCAAGACAACUACUGCAUUGUUAUUGUUGUUGUUGUUGAUAUUGUCUGGCCAGGUUUAGUAGACAUGUUUAUUUAGGAUGUAUGUCUGUAUACAGAUUAGCGUAAGAUUUGUGGACUUGUGGUGGAUUUCUUCUAGUUUUGAGUUGAAUGUAUUUGGACAGGAAGGAAGCAUUUUUACCUUCUAGUGAUAUACUACAGUGAUGAUACAGUUUUAUUACUCUCCAAAUUUGCAAGUG